AUGGCAGUGCGUGCGGCAAAAGCGUUUUCGCAAGCCCUGCGCAUUCUGUCAUUCCCGGAUUUGAAGCGGUCCCACAAACAAGCGAUCACUUUUGAAAAUCAGUUCACCCGAGCAGCCAUUACAAAAUUGCUGGUGAUGCUUCGUGAAAAAGAGAAUAAAUCGGCGUUGGCCUUCAUUUUGAACCCGUCGUCGUUGCCCUCGACGUCGCCUCACACGCCGUCGCACGGCUGCAGUAGUGCCUCAGUGUCGCCCGUAAUGUCACCGCUCAGCAAGGCGGACAUGGGCAUGGCCGACUCGGACGACAGCAACGAAUCGGACAUCAACGAGGACGAGGCUCGCAUCUUCGACCUGCACAUCGGCGGUCGCAGCUUGCUCUCGGACAACGCAAUCGUUGAGAAGUGUGUGGAACAAUUACUAGCCAUCAGUGACAACCACGAUGAAAUGCGUGUAUGCAAGUCCUCGAUCUGCGCGCAAGACGAGUGCCCACGUGCCGCGGUCUCACGGGGCCGCUGCGUGCGCCACGGUGGCGGCUCGCGCUGCUCGUUCCCGAACUGCACUCACGGAGCGCGUCUGUACAACCGCUGCUUCCAUCACGGCGGUUGUAAGCUCUGCAAGAUCUCUGGAUGUACCAGCAAGGCCAAGCGCUACGGCUACUGCUGGUCACACGGCGGUGGUCACAUUUGCGACGCUCCAGGCUGCUCCAAGGUGGCUGCACCCGGCGGCUUCUGUUGGGCCCAUGGCGGUGGGAAUCGUUGCAAGGUAGACGGAUGCAACCGCCGCUCGUACCAAAAACACAACUACUUCUGCAUGCAGCACCACGCGGCGCAGGGCGGCAAAACCCCGUGAAGCGAGCACUGCCUUCAUCCCUAGUUAUUUUUUUAUCAGAGCGGUAAAUUGCCGCAUACACUUUGGGUCCGUGAGUUGUAAAGAGAAUAAAUUAUUAUUUGCGAUCACA